AUCGGUUUUGCAUUGACGUUCAUAUCCGUAUUCAAAAGCUUGUUGCUAUCCUAUACAUCACUGGACCUGUUUUUCUCCCUCAAAAGUCUUUCAGCAGCACUCUUCCCUUCAUCCAGGAAACAGUGGCUUGAAUGUGUUCACGACGAUCACCCGUCGUGCUUCGAUCCGCAUAUUAUAUGCGAUGAAGCAAAUGGUUUUUAUCAGUACUACUCGAAAUGCUACGAAAUUUCAACACAGCGAAUACCGGGCAAUCCAAAUUUCACAUGGGCUCAAGUGGUCGUCGGUAUGACAAGUACCUCUGAAGCACUUCGCGAACUUCCAACUCAAAUAUAUCUGUUCGAAAAAAUCAGAGCACUUGAUCGGCCAAGCCCCUUUCUUUUCGCUUCAGCAGUUGUCCAGCAAGCAAUUAUCGCUUUCAUUGGAAUACUUGGUAUGCGGGCUUAUGCAAAGGUUAGAUUUUUCUUUUUUUUUGCUAAUGUGGCAAGGCUUAUUGUGGUAUUUCCACUUGUGUGUCUGCUAUUUUGCAUGAUUUUUGCGGUCGUAAAGCUUGGUGGACGCGAUGCGCUAAUUGCGCUUAGUGAGGGCCUGAAACCGAAUUUAAGCAAGCUGAUGACUGUAAGAGCUUGGAGUGGCGCAUUAUUACAUGUAAGUUUUGAAUUUGCAUCAACCCGUUGGUCAAGUUAA